GGCCAGGGGUGGACUGACCAUUUGGAAACUCAGGCACUGCCCGAGGGCCCGGGGUCAGUAGGGGGCCCCAUGAGAUGCCCCUGGUACCUUUUUCAUAGGCUUUUUUGAGUUUGGGCAAGGACACAGGGGCCCCAUGGUCACCUAUUGCCCGGGGCCCCAUGAGUUGUCAGUCCGCCCCUGGUCCAGGCCAAUUUUCAGCUUUCAGUGCUAUCACACUUUGAAUGACAAUUGCGCGGGGCGGACUGACCAUUUGGAAGCUCGGGCCCCUGGUACCUUUUUCAUAGGCUUUUUUGAGUUUGGGCAAGGACAAAGGGGCCCCAUGAUCCCCUAUUGCCCGGGGGCCCCG